AUGCUACAUGUAAUAACAAACAUAACCCAUGGGAGGCCGCAGCGCCGGGAAACUGUCGUUGGGCCAAGAAUUCUGCGGUAUACCGAAACGUCCACGGGACUAGCGGCAUUGGAGGCCAAGAGGUAUACGCGCGUCCUCGAGAUUGUUUUGUCCUCGGCGGGUGAAUUUGAAUAUGUCGAGGAUCGAAGAUGGAAUGUGAAUGUGGGGGUAGUAAAUACAGAACCUGCUAUGGGACUAGCUCGUGGUCUUUGGUACCUCGAGGCUCUUGAGCCAAGCGAUUUAGCUCUUCCCCAAGUUUCGGGUCGGGGCAGCGCAAGACAGCAAAAAGUUACCCCCCGAAAAUGUCUUGAUAAACGGCAAGGUGGGUCAUUUGGUAAUGAGUUUAAGUUCAGGGACAAGUCAGAAGAAGGUACAUCCUUUCUCCCCGCCGUAGUUGGACAGGACGAGAGCAAUCCAGGAACGCACAGCACCGCUUUUGACCCGAAAUACAAUGUACCUGAUAGCCUCACAAUAAACCCACGAACACACCCAGGUCUCUUCAGCUUCACCGGCCGAUGGCUCCUCUCUCCCUCACGCCCUACCCGGCCGCAGAAUCCGGUUUACCAGUCCACACUUUGGCCCGGAAACUCCGUGACCGUUCUAGCUCAUGGCACUGAAAUCUCUGUGAAAAUUGUGCCGAAACCGCAGGGCUGGAUUGAGGACUACCAUUUCUAUGUGUCGGUCGAUGGUGGGGAAGACGUACGCUACAGCAUUCCAGCUUUCAAUUCAACCAAGUUGAACAAAGCUGAAAUGGCGACUUCUUUCAGUGUUCCGAUCAAGGAAUUGUGUUCCGGAAACACCAUUAUCUUUGAGGGCCUGGAGGUACAGAAGACGUUGAUAAACGAAGGGAAAGGGUGGAUGGAAGAGCAGGACGACAGGCUUUCGAUCGAGUUUGUUGGUGAAGGAAGUGAUGCGGAAAGGGAAAGCGGAUUUUUUGGCGAACACGAUAUUCAAAAUGAUGAUGAGCCGAAACCCUCGUUCGAUAUCUGGCGACACAGUGUGCAGUAUAGAGUAGGGGAAACAUUGGGUGUGAGACACAGCCAUAUCUCCGCAGGAACCUGCCUUCUCACAUCCUGUCCAGAUCAGGCCGGGCUAUUUGAUCAGUACUUCCAAACCUCUCCCUUCUCCCUCAAUUGGGUGGAAUCUGACUCAGAUCUCGAUCCGCACCACAAUUCCCACCUCGGGGCACCUUACCGCUUUCCCGAACUAUCUACCAAGCCACAAGUACCCAUCCCGCCUGUCAAUAUCGUUGUCGUCGAUCUUGGUGUUCUGGAUAUCCUGACCCACCGCCAAAACCCAGACGACUACUCUCACGCACUUGUCCUCUUUCUCGCGCGUCUCCGAUCCCAAGCACACCCUGCGGCGCAAAUUCUUGUAGUUGCAAGGAACAGUAACUAUGUUGCAUCUUCUUCCCCCCCCUAUGCUCUCGAAUCUACUCCAGAAAUCAAACAGCUUCGCGAGAAGUUGUAUACCGCUACCGAAAAAGCGGUUGAUGUGCUGCGAAAAGAAGCAGCUGAUGAGAAUAUACAUCUGGUCUUGCUGCCGUCCACCGCCACAUCAGAAGCGAGUGCAUAUCUUCAAGCCAUCUGUCCAUUUAUAGUGCCAUCUACCUCAGUCCUUUCCAAGCUCUCCCUGAACAGAUUUGGCAGAGCGGCCACGCCGUCGAAGGCGCAGAAAGUAUGCCUGGAGCUCGGUGGCCAAGAAUAUGGUAGCGGGUUCCGUUAUUUAGGAUGGAACUUGACUCUGAUAUCGAUUGUGAUCUUCGGUCUGUGGAUGUCAAAGAGUAUCCUCGUUGGGGCUUCCGCGGCAUUAUUUGGUAGAAAGACGCUGGGGAUGGAAGAGGUUGAGGUUGAGAGGGGGCUGCUCAAUACUGGCAGCGCAAAAAAGAAUGAGAAUUAUGAUAAGUCGGGUUAG